UUUUUUCCCUCUACAAUUGUAUUAAGUCGCGUGAAAGAAGAGCCCAGAGUGUUAGAGGAGGAAGAAGAAGUCCGAGAACCAUUUCUGUUUCGACGUUCUCCGCAGACACGCCAGAUGUCGCUUCGGCGACUCCUCCCACACGGGCCCAUCGCCAAGUGGCCCUUGAUUAUUCUGGUCAUCUUGGCCUGUGCGGCUCUAUGGAUGGCUGUCCCGUCCAGCGACCGACAAGAGUCGCAACGACACCUGGAAGGUGCUGUUCACGACAUCGAGGACCACACCCUUUCAAGUGACAACUUGCAGUCAACGAAGGAAAAAACGGAAACUUGCAGUUCCACGAGGAUAAGCGCACGUCUGGACUGUCACCCCGAAGAGGGCGUCACGGAAGAGCGAUGCCGACAGCGUGGCUGUUGCUGGGAUUUGGCCACUCUGCACACAGGAACGGCGCCGCCCUGCUACAUGACCGAAGAGCACACGCCUUACGAGGUCUCGUACAGAACGACCGCCUCAGGUUUGGAGAUGACGCUGCAACGCAUCCGUCUGAACAGUGUUUCGGGCAGCGCAAUGCAGCUUAAGCUGCUCGUCUAUCACUAUGAUGACGACGUCGUUCGCAUUAAGAUACGGAGUACGAACAACGAGAAGUACGAACCGCUUGUGCCACCCGUAUCAAAUGCUGCACAUCUAAGGUUUACUCUGCGUCCUUCUAUUAAAACCGACAGGAGGACCAUUAUUGUCGGCGCUGGACCUAACAGAAAACCUUUCGUGUUCCACCUCAACAGCCUCAUCUACAGCACAACUCUCAACCAAAUUAAGGUUCGAGUUCCGGCAACCAUGGUCUAUGGCCUGCAGUCGAAGUAUGGCUCGUACUUUGCCAAAUUCACCGAACAAACUGCACACAGGUUUUACUCCUUUCAAGCUGGCGACAUCCCAUCGUACUCACAGGAAAAAGUGCCAGUAUCGUUCGGAGGCCAUCCCUUCAUGCCUCUGCUCGACGGUGACAACAACACCGCGUCUGGAAUAUUUCUGUUGACUUCGAGCAGCAUAAGCAUGACACUGGGGAAGGACAGGUCACUUACCUUCAGAACUGACGGUGGCGCCAUGGAUUUUUUCCUGUUCCUGGCUCCAACCCUGGCGGGGGUCGUCCGAGACUACCAGCGAGUGGUGGGCUUUCCCGCAAUGCCUCCGCGAGAGCUGUUCGGUAUUAAGAGCGACAGCGAGGUGCACCAAUACAAUGGCAGAUACUUCAUGUCUAAGAACGUGACCCUCAACGACCUUGUACAACUAGCAGGAGCUGGUGAAGCUUUUGUUCUUACAUGGAACGGCACAAGGGUAUCUUGUGGAAACAGUCCUGACGCUCACUGGCUCCUGGAUUUCUCCUCCCCGGCGGCCGGGACGUUCCUGUCUGACGCUCUAAACAGAACCGGCCUUUUGACCAGGAGCACCAGGACCAUCGUGCUCGCCGAAAACAUCCAUGACUUCACGGACCCUUGUUGCCGGAACGCCACAGACGACGACCGCUGCCCGGAACACUUACACCACGUCUCCCCCUUCAGGAACUUGCGCCGUGCUUAUCCAUACUUUCAAGCCAGGCUCACUUACGAGGUAUUGACCAGCGGCUGGAAGAAACGAAGGGCGCUGCUGUGGCACAAAUCUUUCCCGGGUCAAGGCAGGUUUAGCGGCUACUGGAAUUCGGAUGAAGGUCGAGGCCAGAGAGGUUUAACAAACAUCCUGGGAGAGUUUCUGCUUUACAACAUGUACGGCAUGCCCAUAUAUGGAACGAAGCCGUGGUGCUCCGAGAUUGAUGUCUCGGAUGACGGAGAAAAUCUGUGCAUCAAGUGGUUUAUCCUGGCAGCGUACUUCCCUGUCUAUAUGAAGAUACCGUCUCCUACACUGGCAGUGUUCAACACCACCAGGUUCACGUUCUAUACGCACUGCUACUUGCGGCCUUAUUCGUACACGUUGUACUACAAGAACAGCCGUUUUGGAGACAUGGUUGCCAGGCCAAUUGUGUUUGAAUUUCAGAACGACACGAAAGCAAGGGAAGUGGAACGGCAGUUCAUGUUUGGGUCAGCGCUGCUCGUAGCACCCAUCCAGGAAUUGGGUACCAAUAUCACCUCGGUUUACUUCCCGGAAGGGCUGUGGUAUGACUGGUACAACGGAAGGCGUAUCCGAAGCAGUGGUGAGAAGAUCUACGUCCCGGUGAAUGACGUCUACAAAAUGAUCUUCCAGCGUGCGGGGACAAUAGUCCCUAUAGAAUCUCCACCCAAUUUUCCCCACAGGAAUAUACGGCUAGUGGUGGCUCCGGAUACGGAUCAGUCGGCCUCUGGGGAGAUGUAUAUUGACGACGGGAUCAGCAUCAAUUCAAUAAAGCGAGAGAACUACAGCAUAUUCCGGUUCACCUUCGUGAAGAACCAUGUCACAGGUUACUGCUCUCCAUGCAACUAUCCCGGCAGUGAAACUCUGACUGCGGUCACACUCUUCUCGAUGAAAAGCUUUCCGAGAAAAGCGUUUCUUAACGGAAAUCCUGUUAAGAGAAAGAAGGCGAGAACGACCAUGUUUGUGAAGGGAUACUCUCACCCCAUGGUACAGCCGUUUGCGAUCCACUGGUAAUUUGAAGGAACGGGUCUAGUCAUUGUGCUUGUAGCGUGUCAUCCACAUUAAAGCUCUGUUGUCGCAUUUUUA